AUGACCGAAAGCGCACCUAUAUCUGAACGUACCGUGGUUGGGUGUAUACGAAAUUCGUUGUCAAGGCGCUGUACUGUCGCUGCUGUCGUCGCUUUCAGUCAACGUGUUGGACGUGCACAAGUCCAUCGUCUGUUGAAGCUCUAUUGUGGAAAAUAUCAAUCUUACACCAUGAUUCCAUUAAUGGAGAAUAAAAUGAAGUGGGACAGAUCGAAGAAAAAGAAGUUCCCUGAUAUUGCAAUUGAAAUGAAUAAUACCCAUUAUAACGGUAACGAUGAAAAAAUAACGAAAGAAGAAACGUCCAUACAAAUGAUUCCAUUGUGGUAUAAUAAACAGAAUCCUGAUUUGACAUCCCCAAAUCUUGGAGUUAAGGAACACAGUUUUAUUUUACAAAGCGGAGAUUCUGGAAUUGAAUCUGUACAGGCAAGUCCAGCCCAGAAGACGAUUAAACCCUGCAGUUCUUCCACAAUUGACAUAUAUGACGUUCCAGGCCCAUCGACAUCAAGAAGAUUUAGUUCUGUUUAUUUGCAUCCCGACCGUGCACGUUUUAAUUAUCCAAGUCCUGUUGCUUCAUCUUCUCGAGAUCACAAUACAAUUGAGGUCGGCGACUUCGCGGUCAUGGACGGCGGCGGCAACCUGUCGGCUGCGUCGUCGGACGCGUCAUCGCUGAGCGUGGCCGGAUCGAACGGGCCGGGCGGCCAUCGUUUCAGCGUGCCGUGGGGCAGGCGCCGGAGUUCCACGUGGACUGGUCGGUACUCGGAUGCCACGGACCCGGAAUUCGCGGACCUGCAACGGAUGGCCACCAGGGGCAGCGUGGGCAUGCACAGCCUGUCGGACUCGCUGCACAAGCUGACGUUCACUCAGAGCCUGGCGUUCCCGGAACUGGCGCGCAAGCUGGCCAACAGGCGGCGACAGGAACAGCUGCGGGCCGCCAUUAACGACAACAGCCAGGACGACUUCGAGGCGUGCUCCAAGUUCGUCGCCGUGGCCGGCGGGUUCUUGCUCAGCCUCAUGGUGUACUGCGUGGUGAAUAAGUACGGCAAAGUAUAAGGGUCGUCGCCCCGUGGCGACGACCCGGGGCUUAGUGCGGUUUUCGGUAACCAUACCGCUAACACUUCUGCAGCAAUGAACACCACUACCGCGGCGGCCAUCAUCGCUUCGGUCACGCGAACCUACGCGACCGAGUCGCAGCCGGUGCCGGCGU